UGCUCCAUGUUAUUAUAGGCGGCUUUAGAUUUAAAGCAGCAUAACUUCUGCUGCUCCCUUUCGCCCGGUCGACUUUAGUUCACUUCCUAACUAUUGUGCAGCAUGCAUUUGGUCUCUACUUGAACGAGGAGCACUGUCAUUUGUACUUAUUUCUUACAUGGUGCUAAAAUUAUCCGGAGCUCAUAUUUUUAACAUAACGGUGUAUGGUUGCCUGGUGACGUCAGCGUCCCAGCAAGAGUCCCAUUUUUCUUGCGGGGCAGGCUGUGGAAAGAAAUCAAACAGGAUGCUGUUCACUCUCAUUACGGACUGCUGCAAACACAGCUUCAGUUCUCACGACCUGAUGUGAAAGGUGUAGCGGGCUGAUGUUUCGAAGAGCGGCGGUGUUAAAGAGAGCCGACGAUGAAAACGCGGACUCCGGAGCUGAAACUGCCGAAUCUGACUGCAGCAGGAUGUCAUCGUCUGCCAUUGAGCUCAUGACCAGCCGAGCCAGGCAGCAGCAGCGGCAGCAGCAGCAGCUCCUGUUAAUGAACUUGCAUCUGCUGUCCAACCCUGGAGACUCGCUGCUGCUGCAGCACACCCUGGAUCGCCUCCUCCGCUGGCUCUGCCCAAGCCUCCGCAUCUUCCACGUGUCUGAGAGAGCGUCCCCGUUCAGAAGUUACACUCGCCUCUGUCCUGUGGCAGGCUACCCUUCUCUGGCCAUCACAUUCUUUCUCCAUGAGGCAUAUGGAGAGGAGCGAAUCCUCAAAGUGCUGGACUUCUUUCAACGUCCACCUUGGCAGUACCACCACACCGAGAGCUGUGGGAGACGAACUGGAGGAAUCCACAUCACCUCCAGCAGCUCCCCAGCCAAUGCCCUGAUGCGGCCCUACCUCCUGCCCAGCAGAGACUUUUAUAGUUUGGGGGCUGGGAUGCCCGUGUGGGGGGUUCGACCAGUGCACUGUGGAGGAGAAAUACUACGUGUGACACUGUAUAGUGGAUAUGACAACUAUGAGGAUGCAGUGCGACUCUAUGAGACAGUGCUGCAGCGACAGGCAGAGGAGCAAAAGACAGGCUUCUGCUGGUUCACUCUCCACACUGAGCCCGGCCUGUGCCUGCAGCUGGCUUUAAAACAGUUGUCACCAGGGGUUCGGGUGGAGCCAUGUAACUCUGCCGUGCUGCAGUUCAGUGUGGAAGAAAUCGGGCAACUAGUCCCUCUGUUGCCCAACCCCUGUACCCCCAUCAGCACUACACGCUGGCAGACAGAAGACCUGGAUGGCAACAAAGUUCUCUUCCAGGUGAAAACCCCAGCUCAACCUCAGCGACCUCUGACCUGUGCUUUCCCCCUGACAUGCCCCAGCGUGUCCCCUCGAGGAAUGCAGCUCAGGAGCUCAGGACAGGGCCACAGCCUGUCACCAUGCAGCCUCACGACACCACUACCCUGGCAAACACACAGACAGGCAGGCCACAGACCGCGUAGUGACCCUGUCCUCGAGAAGCUUCAUGGAGGAAGUGGUGGAGCAGAGAGCCUGGGGUCAGGAAGCUGCUGCAGCACCCCUCCAGGCAGCUCCUGUUAUUCAUCCCAGCGCAGCAGCCCUGCACCGCUCUCAACCACCAAUCAUCCUGACUCUCCUCUGCGUCCAUCCAUCACCCGUUCUCUCUCCCAUCUCCUUCUGGAAGAGGACGAGGAGGAGCCAGAGACCAACGUGGAUACAGGAGUCCCCGUCUCACUUCACGCUGACGCAGCAGUCAAAACAAUCACUCGCUCCUCCUCAAUGGAUCUUUUGAUGAAUCUCCGCUCUGAGAGACCUGCAGCUGUCGGGGCUUCAGCUGCUGAGAGUCUGGCCAAGGAGCUGAUUGAAUGUCUGCCACGGACACACAUGCACCCUCAGGGCCCUUCCAUGAUGUGGAGCUCCGCUGGUUGUACAGAUGCAGUCAGAAAGGGCUGCGACAGCAGGACUGUGGGAGCAGGACAAAGCCCCUCCAGAGGGCCCGUGGUGGAGAACAGGACUACUGCUGAGCUGCUGUCAGCGUGCACAAACAAUGAAGAGCAUGUCGAUGAGUUCUUCAUCUAAAUUCCUGCCGCUUCGCCACAUGCUGUGAUAAUAAUCGCAGUGCAAUUAAAAACAUAAAGAGGUUGGACGAGAUAAGAACCCUUUUAAAGAAGAUCUGAAGUCAUGCGGGACAGAAAAAAACCCAAAGUUCAGCUGCAGGUGACACUUUCCGCUCAGUUUGACUUGUCCCAUUAAUUUUCACGACAUAGAGUAAUUAUCAAACUCUAACAGACCUCCCAGCGGACUGGUACAAAGUGAAUGAUAUUUGAAGACUGUGCAGGUAAUAAUAAUAUUGUCAAAUGUCUAAAUCACUUUUAUAUUUAGAUCCAACUAAUGAUUUGUGCAGCUAUUGUGCUAAAAUGUAGCCCUGUGAACAGCAAAACAUGUCUCUGUGUUCAAUGUUAACUGUCAGGGUACUAAUGCCACUCUAGGUUUCUGUGCAACCCCUCAGCCGGGCAAGUAAUGUCUUAUUCUUUGAUUGCCUUUGAAACAGAUGAAGAUGAUCUCAGCGUGAAGUCGCUCUUUGAUGUCUUUGUUGAUCGUUAUUAGAAAUCUGAUUUAGUCUGAUUGCUCUCCACAGUGCAGCACUGUCAAGUCCUGAAACCAGUAGAACGUGUAGCCUAGUGGCUUUUGAUUACAUUUGUUUAAAUGCACUUCAGAUGAUUCUUGCUCUAGCGUAUGUGUUCAAAUGUAUUGUGGACUAGAUCUGGUCAAAUUUGAUCACAUUAUUUUCAUCAGAGGCUGAAUUUGGACUGAAAAUGAUGUGUGUAAUAUAUAUGUCUUAAUAUUAAUCUGACCAUUAGUAUGUGAGGUGUCUGAAACAGCCCAAAUGUGUCCACAAAUGUUAAUUACUGUAAGGCCACAGUAAGCUGGGGAUCAGCAGACAGAUUAACUUAAGUGAAAACUUAGCCGAUACAUUGUGUAUUCCAACAGAUGGUCGUCACAUCCACAACAUUUUUGCACAGUGCUCAUCAUGAAGGACCUGGUAUUCACUUGUGCUUUAUGGCCAGUGUUUGAUCAAAUGCAUAGAAUAUGUUAUACUAUACGUUGCUCAUGUGGCAGUGCAGGGCAGCUCGUAGGUGUGAACUGUUUACUAAUAAUGGGAGUUACUGGAAAGAAGCAGGCGUCAGCUCAGUGUCCAACAUGUUCAGUGAUGCAGAGAGAUGUCUGAAGGUGUAGUAUUAAAAGACACAUGAAUAAAACAGCUUUC